UUCAUCGCAGCUUUCGUUGUAAUCAUACAAGCAAGCGGCAAGUUAGCGAUAUAUUCCGUAAUAAAUUAAUGUAAUGCAGUUGAAUUUAAUAUAUAAAUUGUAUAUCUAAUUAGUAACAAUAAUUAGAGUUUUACACUAUUUAAUAGAAACAUGUAUGACAACGAGGAAGAAAUAUACGAGGAUGAAAAUGCGGAAGAAAUUUCACAUGAAUUGUGGCAGGAAGCAUGUUGGAUUGUUAUAAACGCAUAUUUCGAUGAAAAAGGUUUGGUGCGUCAGCAGUUGGACAGCUUCGAUGAGUUCAUACAAAUGUCUGUGCAGCGUAUUGUCGAGGACUCUCAAGCAAUAGAGCUACAGGCAGAGGCCCAACACACUUCAGGUGAAAUAGAAACGCCGCCACGGUUUUUAAUAAAAUUUGAGCAAAUUUAUCUCUCAAAACCAACGCAUUGGGAAAAAGAUGGCUCACCUAGUCCUAUGAUGCCAAAUGAAGCACGCUUAAGAAACUUGACUUAUUCAGCACCACUUUAUGUUGAUAUCACGAAAACAAAAUUAGUUGAAGGACAAGAGCCAGUUAUAACACAACAUCAAAAAACAUUUAUUGGCAAAAUUCCAAUUAUGUUACGUUCCACUUAUUGCCUUUUAUCUCAACUGACUGAUCGUGAUUUAACCGAGUUGAAUGAAUGCCCAUUAGAUCCAGGCGGUUAUUUUAUAAUAAAUGGUUCAGAGAAAGUUCUUAUUGCGCAAGAAAAAAUGGCCACUAAUACAGUAUAUGUUUUUAGUAUGAAGGAUGGCAAGUUUGCAUACAAAUCUGAGAUUCGGUCAUGUUUAGAACAUAGUUCCAGACCCACAUCCACAUUGUGGGUAAACAUGAUGGCACGUGGUUCACAGAAUAUAAAAAAAUCUGCUAUAGGUCAACGUAUUAUUGCUGUACUUCCUUACAUCAAACAAGAAAUACCAAUUAUGAUUGUGUUCCGUGCUUUGGGCUUUGUGGCAGAUCGUGAUAUUCUUGAACAUAUAAUUUAUGAUUUUGACGAUCCAGAAAUGAUGGAAAUGGUAAAACCGUCUUUAGACGAAGCUUUUGUGGUUCAAGAACAAAAUGUUGCUCUUAACUUUAUUGGUGCCCGUGGUGCACGGCCUGGUGUUACAAAGGAAAAACGUAUAAAAUACGCAAAAGAAAUUUUACAGAAGGAAAUGUUACCACAUGUCGGAGUAUCAGAUUUCUGCGAAACAAAGAAAGCUUAUUUCUUAGGCUAUAUGGUACAUCGCUUAUUAUUGGCUUCAUUGGGGCGGCGAGAAUUAGAUGAUCGCGAUCAUUACGGAAAUAAACGUCUUGAUUUGGCGGGACCACUGCUUGCUUUUCUCUUUCGUGGUCUAUUUAAAAAUCUAAUGAAAGAAGUUCGCAUGUACACGCAGAAAUUUAUUGAUCGCGGAAAAGACUUUAAUUUAGAAUUAUCCAUUAAGACAAAUAUAAUUACAGAUGGGUUACGUUAUUCAUUAGCUACGGGCAAUUGGGGAGACCAAAAGAAAGCUCAUCAAGCCCGAGCUGGUGUAUCUCAGGUGUUGAAUCGUCUUACGUUCGCCUCUACUUUGUCACAUUUACGUCGCGUUAACUCACCAAUUGGUCGUGAUGGUAAACUGGCAAAACCCCGUCAAUUACAUAAUACGCUUUGGGGUAUGUUGUGUCCUGCAGAAACACCAGAAGGUGCAGCUGUCGGUCUAGUAAAAAAUUUAGCACUUAUGGCCUACAUAUCUGUUGGUUCACAACCAUCUCCGAUUCUUGAGUUCUUGGAAGAAUGGUCCAUGGAAAAUUUAGAAGAAAUAGCUCCAUCCGCUAUAGCUGACGCCACUAAGAUUUUCGUUAAUGGUUGCUGGGUUGGUAUUCAUCGUGAUCCUGAACAAUUAAUGGCCACUCUUCGUAAAUUAAGACGACAGAUGGAUAUUAUUGUGUCAGAAGUGUCCAUGAUACGUGAUAUACGUGAUCGUGAAAUUCGAAUAUAUACUGAUGCAGGACGUAUUUGUCGUCCACUUCUAAUUGUUGAAAAUGGUUCAUUGUUGUUAAAGAAAACUCACGUAGAAAUGUUGAAAGAACGUGACUACAAUAACUACAGUUGGCAGGUAUUAGUUGCUUCAGGUGUUGUUGAAUAUAUCGAUACCUUAGAAGAAGAAACUGUAAUGAUAGCAAUGUCUCCAUAUGACUUAAAACAAGAUAAAGACUACGCUUACUGUACUACAUAUACGCAUUGUGAAAUUCACCCCGCUAUGAUAUUGGGUGUUUGUGCCUCAAUUAUUCCAUUCCCGGAUCACAAUCAAAGUCCUCGUAACACUUAUCAAAGCGCUAUGGGUAAACAAGCUAUGGGAGUUUAUAUAACUAACUUUCAUGUUCGUAUGGACACUUUAGCCCAUGUACUUUACUAUCCAAUGAAGCCUCUAGUUACAACGCGUUCAAUGGAAUACUUGCGUUUCAGAGAACUACCGGCUGGUAUAAAUUCUAUUGUAGCAAUUUUAUGUUAUACAGGUUACAACCAAGAAGAUUCUGUUAUUUUAAAUGCUUCCGCAGUAGAACGUGGAUUUUUCCGUUCUGUAUUUUAUAGAUCUUAUAAGGACUCUGAAAAUAAACGUUGUGGUGAUCAGGAAGAAAAUUUCGAAAAACCUAACAGACAAACAUGUCAAGGAAUGCGUAACGCUCACUACGACAAGUUGGAUGAUGAUGGCAUUAUUGCGCCUGGCAUACGUGUUUCAGGUGAUGAUGUAGUUAUUGGUAAAACAAUGACGCUUCCAGAAAAUGAUGAUGAGUUGGAUGGAACAACAAAACGUUAUACAAAGCGAGACGCUUCGACAUUUCUUCGUAAUUCUGAAACUGGUAUUGUGGAUCAAGUAAUGUUAACACUCAACAGUGAAGGAUAUAAAUUUUGUAAAAUACGUGUUCGCUCUGUACGUAUACCACAAAUUGGAGAUAAAUUUGCUUCUCGCCAUGGCCAAAAAGGUACGUGCGGUAUACAAUAUCGGCAAGAAGAUAUGCCGUUUACAUGCGAAGGCCUAGCACCUGAUAUUAUUAUUAACCCUCACGCUAUCCCAUCUCGUAUGACAAUUGGACAUUUAAUCGAAUGUUUGCAAGGAAAGCUUGGAUCAAAUAAAGGAGAAAUCGGUGAUGCCACUCCAUUUAAUGAUGCAGUUAACGUACAAAAAAUUUCCACAUUUUUACAAGAAUAUGGCUAUCAUUUGCGUGGAAAUGAAGUCAUGUACAAUGGACACACUGGACGUAAAAUUAAUGCUCAAGUAUUUCUGGGACCAACAUAUUAUCAGCGCCUUAAACAUAUGGUCGACGAUAAAAUCCACUCUCGUGCGCGUGGUCCAGUUCAGAUUUUGGUACGACAACCUAUGGAAGGUAGGGCACGUGAUGGAGGUUUGCGUUUCGGUGAAAUGGAACGUGAUUGUCAAAUUUCACACGGAGCGGCACAGUUUUUACGUGAACGACUAUUCGAAGUCUCAGAUCCAUAUAGAAUUCAUGUGUGCAACUUCUGCGGACUGAUUGCUAUUGCGAAUUUGCGAAACAACACUUUUGAAUGUAAGGGAUGCAAGAAUAAGACACAAAUAUCUCAAGUACGUUUGCCGUAUGCAGCAAAACUUCUUUUCCAGGAACUUAUGUCUAUGAACAUUUCUCCACGUUUGAUGGUAGUGUAAGCAGUUUAAAAACUCGUUUUUUUUUGUUUAUAAAUCAUUUGUAUCAAUUAAAUAAAAUAAGC